AUGGCUGCCACGGCGGAGCCAGAUCCGUCCCUAGAUAGCCAGGAAGGAGCUGUCAAAGGAGCAGGCAGUGACCCCGACCCUGACAUGAGCCACACAGUGCCUGCAGAAGAGGAAGCCAUAAUUGCGGAGGUGGCUUUCCCUCAAGUUUCCUACAUGGCCGAUGAAGAACUUUGGGAGGAACAAUGUGGACAGGAGGCAGCCGGCCCAGAAGAGGAGACCCAGCUUGUCCAGCAGACAGAAGAUGGGAAAGAGAACUAUAAGCAGGAGUAUAAGAAUGAAGAGGACGACACAGGCGACACCCUCCAGGAAGAAGUGGAUGCCCAGGAGGAUGCAGAUGAUGAGGACGCCGCUGAGUAUCCCCUGGUACGGUUUAGGUCUCUGCUCUGGGGUCUGUUCCGUUCUCUUUUACACCGUUUGUAUCGUAACAACCAUAUCAUGAUCAGGUACCACACAGGCCAAGGCGAGGUUAGGCAACACCGUUCCUUGGAGUCUGGAGACCCAUGGGAAGAGCCUAUGCACUGGGAGGGUGAGAAGCUGUCAGAGGAAGAUGCACUCCAAAAGCUCCAGGAAUACCUGGAAUCAGACGACUACCAGAAUUUGGGUCAAUUCCAGGAACCCGUAGCAGGGGCUGAAUUCUGGGAGGCCAAAGAACCCAAACCAAAGACCAAGAUCAUGGAGGGCAGAGUUCUGACAAAAGCAGCCAUAUCCUCUGAGAUGGGAGCCUGUGCAUCCAAGGGGGCCAAGGCUAGGAAGCAGAGGCAAAAUCCACUAGGAAAAGGCAAUAAAAGCUUAGCUCAAGUAGUUAAGCAGCGGGUCAAUGCUCUUAAAAAUCUUCAGGCAAAAUAUGCCCAAAUAGAAUCCGGGUUUUACAAAGACCUUUACAAUCUUGAAAUGAAGUAUGCUGCCUUUUUCCAGCCUCUGUUUGAUAAGAGAUCUGAUAUCAUCAAUGCAAUUUAUGAGCCCACAGAAGAUGAGUGCCAGUGGGAAGUAAGUGCUCAGGAAGGAGUUGGAGUUGGUGAAGAAAUGAAAAGAGAACCCGAGGGAAAACUACAAAUAAGUGGCAUACCUCACUUUUGGUUGACAGCUUUAAAAAAUGUAAAGAUCCUUCGUAAACUGAUCCAAGAAAAAGAUGAACUGAUACUGAAGCACUUAAAAGAUAUAAAAAUUAAAUUUUCUGAGGUUGAAGAACCAAUGACCUUUGCCAUCAAAUUUUUCUUUGAGCCAAAUGAAUAUUUUUUUAACGAAGUUCUAACAAAAACAUACUGCAUACGAUCAGACCCAGAUGAUUCGGAUCCCUUCUUCACCAACGGGCCAGAAAUUAUCAGAAGCUCAGGUUGUGAGAUAUACUGGAAAGAGGGGAAAAAUGUGAUCAUGAAAACAAUCAAGCUGCCGAAAUUUGAGGGUAAUGGAAGUGUGUCAACCACCACAUGCAAGGUGCCCAGCUAUUCAUUUUUUACCUAUUUCUAUCCUUCUGAUUCUCCUGAAGGUAGAUUACUGGGUGUUACCAUUGAUUUUAAAUUGGCAUAUAUUUUCCGUGAACUUCUGGUCCCAAAAUCCGUUUUAGUCUUUAUGAAUGGAGCAGUUAAAUAUAGCUCUGAAAGUUCUGAUGAACUAUGCCAAGAAUAUGGAGAUAAGGAGAAGGAAGAAGAAGAAAACAAAGAACGAGAAGGAAGACCUAAAAAGGAUAUGGGUUCUGCAGAAGGCAAUCCCAGAUAA